AUGAGCUUUUAUGCUAGUGGACCUGACUGGAGGCGUUGGGCCUCCUCAUCACUUAUGGCUGAAACCUCAAAUCAACAGAGAGAACUUAGGACCUCCCCAUCUUCUACAUCUUUUCCUACACGAACUGCUUGGACGACACCAAAGGUUCAACGAAAAGGCCCACAAUAUUUAAGUGGAAUCGGUAACAGAGACACAAUAUCAAAAGAUAACACAAUGGGAGAAGAAGAAAAGAUGAAUGAUCUUCUGGCCACGUGUGGUAAAAGGGUGAUGGGAAUCAAGCACCAGGAACAACACGAAGCAACGUCUCCAGAGGACGCUAGUUGGAGGGCAUGGAAACGUCCCCAAAUAGGGUGGGGAUCUCAGAUCAAUGGCAAUGCCAUUCUAUUUGAAAGCUUAGAGGGUCGUCCCCAAGUCCUGCGUACAAACACCGGAGACUCUUACAUUGAUCCCACUGAUGACAAGGAUGACAUGUUAGGCAACGUCCACCUGAUUCUGGAUGAAAACGAUCAUGAAGGCCAUGGGAGACGCAAUGGCUUUGUUGUCCCGAAUAUGGAUGGAGAUCAGUGGAUUAACCCGAUUGUAGUCCCCUGCUGUACAACACAUAGGGAAGGCUCUGUUCCAAGACAGAUUAAUGGUAUUGAGAUCCGGAUGAAGAAAAAGAAAAAGAAUACAAGAGGGAAGGGACAGAAGUCAAAGAAGGGAGAAAUAGGACGUCACGCAGUAUCACGUGCAAAGGUAUUGGCCAAACUGUUCAAAUGA